UAGUGAAUGAGAUUAGAACAAAAAAAAGUAAAGAACAGAGGACAAGAUCAAGUUGAGAAUGGAGUCGCAAUCUACUGAUUCGGGGCCACCAGGGUUGACGAGGUGGGCAUCACAAAGUGUUGCGUCAAUGACGUUUAGUUCAGAAGUGUUUGAUACGGAAGUCGUUCCAUCAUCUUUACAACAAAUUGCUCCUGUCCUUCGUGUUGCCAACGAGAUUCAACGUGAUCAACCUAGAGUUGCUUAUCUAUGUCGAGUUUAUGCAUAUGAGAAAGCGCAAAGCUUGGAUCAAAGCUCAAGUGGUCGUGGUGUUCGACAGUUCAAGACAUCUCUCCUUCAACGUUUAGAGCAGGAAAAUGAAGCAAGUCUUGCAGCUCGUACUAAGAAAACAGAUGCUCGCGAAAUCGAAAGCUUUUACAAACAAUAUUAUGAAAAAUAUGUCAUGGCCCUCGAUCAAGCCGAUAAGACCGAUAGAGCUCAACUUGGGAAAGCAUAUCAAGUGGCAGGAGUGUUGUUUGAUGUUCUGUGUUCGGUUAACAAGAAGUCCAAAAAAGUUGAAGAAGUUCCUGCUGAUAUUAUUGAAUCGGCUAAGGAUGUCGAAGCCAAGCAAGUUCAAUACGCGCCUUAUAACAUUUUGCCCCUUGAUUCUGCUGGAGAGUCCCAAUGUAUUAUGCAGUUUGAUGAAAUUAAGGCAGCAGUGUCUGCUCUUAGGAACACGGAUGGAUUGAAUAUGCCAACCUCAGCUGAUCCACAGCAACCGGGAUCAGGACAGCUGGAUCUUCUUGAUUGGCUGAAGGAAACGUUCGGGUUUCAGAGAGACAAUGUCAGAAACCAGAGGGAGCAUUUAAUCUUGCAAUUAGCUCAUCCUCAAGCAAGGCUUUUGCCUAAGCCCGAUUCUGCUGACAAGCUUGAUGAUCGAGCUGUUGAUGGAGUUUUCACAAAGCUUUUCAAAAAUUACAAAACCUGGUGCAAGUUCUUAGGAAAGAAACACAACUUAAUACUCCCUAAAGAAAAACAAGAUGUUCAACAGAGAAAGCUACUUUAUCUGGGCCUUUAUCUUCUUAUAUGGGGUGAAGCAGCGAACGUACGUUUUAUGCCAGAGUGUUUGUGCUACAUCUUUCACAAUAUGGCAUAUGAAUUGUAUGGCUUGUUAACUGGAAAUGUUAGGGCUGUGACUGGAGAAAAUAUGAAGCCUUCUUAUGGUGGAGAUGAAGAAGCAUUCCUUCGCAAAGUUAUAUAUCCACUUUAUCAAGUCAUAGACCAGGAAACCAAGAGGAGCAGAAAUGGAAAGGCACCUUACUCGGACUGGUGUAAUUAUGAUGAUCUUAAUGAAUAUUUCUGGUCACCUAACUGUUUUUCUUUGGGUUGGCCUAUGCGUAAUGAUGGUGAAUUUUUCAAAUCAACCCGUAAUAUUGCAAAGGGGAAAAUACCAUCCCGUCAGCAAACUGUGAGCAUGCGAAAGUCGUUUUUUGUUGAGACAAGAUCAUUUUGGCAUAACUUUAGAAGUUUUGAUCGAUUGUGGACAUUUCUUAUACUAGUUUUGCAAGUUUUGCUUAUUAUUGCAUGGGAUAAUACUUCAGUGUUAGAGAUCUUUGACAAGCAUGUCUUGUAUAAGAUAUCCAGUAUUUUCAUUACAGCAGCAGUUAUCCGUUUUGUUCAAAGUAUCCUGGACAUAAUUCUGAAUCCCCCUGGCUAUCGCCGAUCGAGGUUCACUGAUUUAAUGAGGCUGUUUCUGAAGAUUGUUGUUAGCUUUGGAUGGUCCAUUGUUCUCCCACUAUGUUAUGCACAACAAGCUGACCCAAAUGCAUUACUCUUUGGGCAACUCAAAAACUAUGUUUCAUUUCUUGAUAAACUGAAAGGCAUCCCUCCGGUAUAUCUUAUGGCCGUGGCUAUAUAUUUGCUUCCAAAUUUACUCUCAGCAGUUUUGUUCAUAUUCCCUAUGCUUCGACGUUGGAUUGAGAAUUCUGAUUGGCUUAUCGUAAGAUUUUUUUUAUGGUGGUCACAGCCCAGGAUAUAUGUGGGGAGAGGAAUGCAUGAAAAUCAGUUUGCCCUUAUAAAAUAUACUCUCUUUUGGGUAGCUCUUCUAUGCUCAAAAUUUGCUUUUAGCUUUUUUAUUCAGAUAAAACCAUUAGUUGAGCCAACCAAAGAUAUUAUGAGAAUUCGCCAAGUUCAGUAUGCUUGGCAUGAGUUCUUCCCUCACGCUAAAAACAACAUUGGAGCUAUUGCUGCACUAUGGACACCCGUUCUAUUGGUUUACUUUAUGGACACUCAAAUAUGGUAUGCGAUUUUUUCAACAUUGUGUGGUGGAGUUAUUGGAGCAUUUGAUCGGCUGGGAGAGAUACGAACUCUGCUCAUGCUAAGGUCUCGGUUCCAGUCCAUACCUGGUGCCUUCAAUGCAAAUUUGGUGCCCACUGAUAGAAUUAAGAAAAAAGGGUUUUCUUUUUCUAAGCAUUUCGUAGAGGUUACACCUAACAAGAGAACCGAAGCUGCAAAAUUUGCUCAGUUGUGGAAUGAAGUUAUAUGUAGUUUCCGUGAGGAAGAUCUCAUAAGUAACAGGAAAGGAUUUUGCUAUUACAGGGAGCUGGACCUGAUGCUAGUUCCGUAUUCUUCAGAUCCUAGUCUUAGAGUAGUUCAGUGGCCCCCAUUUUUGCUAGCUAGCAAGAUCCCAGUGGCGCUUGAUAUGGCAGCUCAGUUUCAAUACAAAGAUGCUGACCUCUGGAAGCGUAUAUGUGCCGAUGAAUACAUGAAGUGUGCUGUGAUCGAAUGCUAUGAAACAUUUAAACAUGUGUUAAAUGCUGUGGUUGUUGGACAAACUGAGCAAAGGAUUAUUGGCAUUAUAAUUAAAGAAGUUGAAAGUAAAAUAUCAAAAAGCACCUUUGUUACCAACUUUAGAAUGACUUCUCUACCUAUUCUCUUCGGCAAAUUCGUGACGCUGGUAGAAAUGCUGAAAAAUGCUGAUGGAUCCAAGCACAACACUGUAGUUUUGUUACUUCAAGAUAUGUUAGAAGUAGUCACGCGUGAUCUGAUGGUCAAUGAAGUUCGGGAAUUGGCAGAACUUGGACAGGACUCUGGAAGGCAGCUUUUUGAAAAGGCUGAGGACUCAAAACCUACUAUCGCCUUUCCUCCUCCAGUUACCUCCCAGUGGGAAGAACAGAUAAAGCGUCUGCACCUCCUUCUCACAGUAAAGGAAUCUGCCAUGGAUGUGCCUAGAAACCUUGAAGCACGACGCAGGAUCAUGUUCUUUACAAAUUCAUUGUUCAUGGACAUGCCACGUGCACCUCGAGUGCGUAAAAUGUUAUCAUUUAGUGUCAUGACCCCUUACUAUAGUGAAGAGACAGUUUAUUCAAAAAGUGACCUUGAUAUGGAGAAUGAAGACGGUAUAUCAAUCAAAUUUUACCUUCGGAAGAUCUUCCCAGAUGAAUGGGAGAAUUUCAUAGAGCGCAUUAACUGUAAAGACGACUCCGAAGCUUUAAAUAGUGAUGAAAACAUUCUACAGCUUCGUCACUGGGUCUCCUUAAGAGGACAGACGCUUUGCAGAACAAUUAGAGGGAUGAUGUACUACAGAAGGGCGUUGAAGCUUCAGGCUUUCCUUGACUUGGCUAAUGAAAAACAAAUGCUAGAAGGCUAUAAAGCUAUCAACAUUCCAUCAGCGGAGCAGAGUCAGAGAUCCUUGUAUGCUCAUUUGGAGGCUCUUGCUGAUCUGAAAUUCACGUAUGUAGCCACAUGUCAAAUAUAUGGUAACCAGAAACGCAGUGGAGAUCGUCGUGCAACAGACAUUUUAAAUUUGAUGGUUAACAAUCCGUCUCUUCGUGUGGCAUACAUUGAUGAAGUUGAGGAAAGAUUAGGAGGAAAAUCACAGAAGGUCUACUACUCGGUGUUAGUUAAAGCUGUAGACAAUCUUGAUCAGGAAAUUUACAGGAUAAGAUUACCUGGCAAUCCAAAAAUAGGAGAAGGCAAGCCUGAGAAUCAGAACCACGCCAUAAUAUUUACAAGAGGGGAAGCUCUUCAGACUAUUGACAUGAAUCAGGACAACUAUUUGGAAGAAGCUUUCAAAAUGAGGAACCUUCUUGAAGAGUUCAAUGAGGAUCAUGGAGUGAGACCCCCAACAAUUUUGGGUGUCCGGGAGCAUAUCUUUACAGGAAGUGUUUCUUCAUUGGCUUGGUUUAUGUCAAAUCAAGAAUCAAGCUUUGUCACCAUAGGUCAACGAGUUCUUGCAAGGCCUUUAAAGGUUCGGUUUCAUUACGGGCAUCCAGAUGUCUUUGAUAGAAUAUUCCACAUCACCCGAGGUGGAAUCAGCAAAGCUUCAAAGGGCGUCAAUCUGAGCGAGGACAUAUUUGCAGGAUUCAACUCAAUACUCAGACGUGGAAAUAUAACUCACCACGAGUAUAUACAAGUUGGGAAGGGGAGAGACGUCGGCCUUAACCAAAUCUCACUUUUUGAAGCAAAAGUGGCAUGUGGUAAUGGCGAGCAGACCUUGAGUCGGGAUAUCUACAGAUUAGGCCACCGCUUUGAUUUUUUCCGCAUGCUUUCUUGUUUCUAUACGACAACGGGCUUCUAUGUCAGCUCUAUGAUGGUAGUCCUUACAGUAUAUGCAUUUUUAUAUGGAAGACUAUACCUCGCUUUGAGUGGAUUAGAAAAGGCAAUCAUGAAAUCGGCAAGCUUAAGAGGAGAUAAAGCUCUGAAAGCAGCCAUGGCUUCUCAAUCUGUAGUUCAACUUGGUCUUUUAAUGGCAUUACCCAUGAUAAUGGAAAUUGGACUAGAAAGGGGAUUCAGAACAGCAUUUGGUGACUUAAUAAUCAUGAACCUUCAACUAUCAGCUGUCUUCUUUACUUUCUCUCUUGGGACAAAACUACAUUAUUUUGGCCGAACAGUUUUGCACGGCGGGGCCAAAUACAGAGCCACUGGGCGUGGUUUCGUGGUUAGACAUGAGAAGUUUGCAGAAAAUUAUAGAAUGUACUCACAAAGCCAUUUUACUAAAGGGAUGGAACUGAUGAUUUUGCUGGUUACAUAUCAUGCGUAUGGCUCAGCAUUUUCAGAUGGUCGCGUAUAUGUGUUCUUAACCAUCUCAAUGUGGUUUUUAGUGGCUUCUUGGUUGUUUGCUCCUUUCCUUUUCAACCCCUCGGGAUUUGAGUGGCAGAAAAUUGUGGAGGACUGGGAUGAUUGGUCAAGAUGGAUCAAUAACCGUGGAGGUAUUGGUGUUCCAGCUACCAAGAGCUGGGAGUCCUGGUGGGGCGAGGAACAGGAGCAUCUCAAAUCCACUGGUUUUAGCGGACGUCUAAUGGAAGUACUUCUAUCUCUCAGAUUUUUUAUCUACCAAUACGGUAUUGUGUAUCAUCUAAAAGUGAUCCAAAAUGAAAAAAGCAUCUUGGUCUAUGCACUGUCUUGGUUUGUAAUCGUUAUAGUUAUAGCCAUCUUGAAGAUUGUAUCCAUGGGUAGAAAGAAGUUCAGUGCAGAUUUCCAGUUGAUGUUUCGGCUUCUUAAACUAUUUCUGUUCAUUGGCUUUACAAUCUUUCUAGUGGUGAUGUUUCAAUUUUCUGGUCUUACCAUCGGUGACUGUUUUGCCAGCUUACUUGCAUUCUUUCCAACCGGAUGGGCAAUCUUGCAGAUAGCACAAGCAUGCAGACCCGUCGUGAAGGGGUUAGGAAUGUGGGGAUCAGUGAAAGCACUUGGCCGAGGAUAUGAGUACCUUGUGGGGGUCAUAAUUUUUACCCCAGUCGCUAUACUUGCAUGGUUCCCCAUGGUCUCUGACUUCCAAACCAGGCUGCUAUUUAACCAGGCUUUCAGCCGAGGUCUGCAGAUCCAACGUAUCCUAGCUGGUGGCAGUAAAAACAAGUAAGCGUUUACUAACACUCGUGGAAGAUCAAAGCUGAAACGUUCAUAUAACCGAGAUUAGUCGCGUGACCUUCAAGAUGAUGAUGUUUCUACACUGGCACUGACACAUGAAGGGUCAAAACUAAAAUGCUCAAUGAUUGACGGACUUGAAGAGGGCCGUCGUGUUUCCUGUCAAUAUUGUGUUCAAAGAGAGGUUUUCAUGUCUGGAUCAUCCAUUUUUUGAACUCGGUUACAUGUUGAGUACAUAUUAACAGUUGACCAUGUACCAUAAGCAUUGUAGUUUGUAACUAAAUGCAACAAAAUGGAUCAAUAAAGUUAUGCUGGUCUACAGCUUCAUAGAA